UUGGAUAUGUAUUUUUAAACACAUUGGAUUUUUUUAUAAUAUCAUUCGUUACGGCAAUUGCAUGAUUUCAAACUCCCACAGACGUAUAAAGCAGCGAAAUACGAAGCUUAUUGGUUAUAAAAAUUCCCGCCAAAAUGUCAACUGUCAGUAGAGCCACUAUGUUUUCAUGUGUUACAAACACACGUUAAACGUUUCUCAAUUCAAAAAAUACUUUAAAUACAUACUCAGUUUUUUUUUAAUAAUAUACAACAUUUAAUACAAAUAAAACACUGUAACACGGUUAAAUAGAAUUGUGGUAUCAGUGAUUACUGUUAUUACUUUUUAAGAAACAAUAGGAUCUCGGUUCUCUGAACUUCAUGUGGUGUGAUUUUAUAACUAUUCGUGUGAAAUGCAAGUCUAAGUUUAUUUAUUGACCAAUUGCUUGAAUUUUUAACUAAUAAGCAAUGGAUGUAGCAGACACAUACGCGACGCAAAGUCAGGUUAAAGAUGAGGUUGGAGUCCGAUGCCAAAAGCUGUUCCAAGAUUUCUUAGAAGAAUUCAAGGAAGACAAUGAACUUAAAUACGAGAAACAUGCUAAAGAACUACUAAAGCCAGAGCUAAGCACAUUGGAAGUCAGUUUUGAUGAUGUUGAGAAAUACAACCAGAAUCUUGCUACAACAAUCAUUGAAGAAUAUUACAGGAUAUACCCAUUUUUAAAUCAAGCUAUAUUGAACUACGUAAUAAGCCUUGCUGAUAGUGGUACAAAAAAAGAACUCCAAGACAAGGAAUGUUACAUAUCAUUUGUGGAUGUCCCAACAAGGCAUAAAGUCCGGGAAUUGACAACAGCCAAAAUCGGUACACUAAUUAGAAUCUCUGGACAGAUUGUAAGGACACAUCCUGUCCAUCCCGAGCUUGUUCUGGGCACUUUUGUAUGUUUAGAUUGUCAAACAGUUAUAAAAAAUGUGGAGCAACAAUUCAAGUACACACUUCCAACAAUAUGCCGUAACCCAGUUUGCGCCAAUCGACGUCGGUUCAUGUUGGAUGCGGACAAAAGCGUGUUUGUAGACUUCCAAAAGAUCCGCAUACAAGAAACGCAGGCGGAACUGCCGCGUGGAUGCAUUCCCAGGUCACUGGAGGUCAUACUUAGAGCUGAGGCUGUGGAGUCUGUGCAGGCUGGAGACCGAUAUGACUUUACAGGAACACUGAUAGUGGUGCCAGAUGUGGGUGCUCUAUCAUUACCUGGAGCUAAAGCUGAACUUACCACACGUACAAGACAAGCCAAUGAGGGACAGAUGGAGGGGAUUAAAGGGCUGAAGGCUUUGGGUGUAAGGGAGUUACACUACAAGACAGCAUUUCUGGCAUGCAGUGUUCAAGCCAUAUCCCGCAGGUUCGGCACGGCUGAUAUUGCAGCUGACGAUCUCACCACUGAAGAUAUGAGGAAACAGAUGACUGACAAGGAAUGGGAUAAGGUGUACGAAAUGUCCCGCGACCGCAACCUAUACAACAAUCUGAUCGCGAGCUUGUUCCCGAGCAUCCACGGCAACAACGAGGUCAAGCGAGGCAUACUGCUCAUGCUUUUUGGCGGCGUCGCUAAAACUACUAUGGAAGGGACGACGCUUCGAGGCGACAUAAACGUGUGCAUAGUGGGCGAUCCGAGUACAGCCAAGUCACAACUACUGAAGCAAGUGAGCGAAAUAACGCCGCGUGCUGUUUAUACUAGCGGGAAGGCUUCGUCGGCUGCCGGUCUCACUGCUGCUGUGGUCAAGGAUGAAGAGUCGUUCGACUUUGUCAUUGAAGCGGGUGCGUUGAUGUUGGCGGACAACGGCGUGUGUUGCAUUGACGAAUUCGACAAGAUGGACCCCGCCGACCAGGUCGCCAUCCACGAGGCCAUGGAGCAGCAGACCAUAUCUCUUGCCAAGGCGGGGGUCCGCGCAACGCUGAACGCCCGCACAUCAAUACUGGCGGCCGCCAAUCCCAUCGGCGGGCGAUAUGACCGCGCCAAGUCUUUGCAACAAAACUUGGCUUUGAGUGCGCCUAUCAUGUCCCGAUUCGACCUGUUCUUCAUACUCAUUGAUGAAGCCAGUGAGAUGUUAGACUAUGCUAUUGCACGGAAGAUUGUCGAUUUACAUUGCAAUAAAGAAGAGACAUAUGAUUGUGUGUACAGUAGAGAAGAUUUGCUGCGGUAUAUUGCGUUUGCGAGGUCCUUCAAGCCACUGAUUACAGAGGAGGCGGGCAAGUUACUGGUGGAGUACUACUCGUCGCUGCGAGCGCGUGAGGCGGGCGCGGCGUGCCGCGUGACGGUGCGCCAGCUCGAGUCGCUGGUGCGGCUCGCCGAGGCACUCGCCAAGAUGCACUGCUCCUCGCACGUAGCACCCAACCAUGUGCACGAGGCUUACAGGUUGCUCAACAAAUCCAUAAUAAGAGUGGAGCAACCAGAUAUAUACUUAGAUGAAGAUGAGCCGCAAUACGAGCCCAGCAUGGAUGUCGACCAAGAGAUACCCAAUGGUACUGCUGAAACACCAGCGACCGGCGACUCAGGUCCUAAAAAGAAGUUGGCUUUAUCAUUCGAAGAGUACAAGUCUCUCAGUAACAUGUUAGUUGUGUUUAUGAGGAAAGAAGAGGCGGAAGCUGAGACGAGAGGGGAAGAGAGUUCGGGAAUGAAAAAAAGCGCUGUUGUAAGCUGGUACUUAGAACAGUUGGUUGCACAGGGGCAUAUUGAAAGUGAAGACGAAUUGCUCGAAAGGAAGACGCUUGUCGAAAAAGUUAUCGACAGACUAAUGUAUCAUGAUCAGGUUAUAAUACCUCUAUCGACCACUGGGUUAAAGAGCACGCAGAAAUCCGCCGACCAAGAGGUAGAAGACGAUCCUUUGUUGGUGGUGCAUCCCAACUAUGUCGUCGAUACAUGAACAUUCCGUCGUCUUAACUACUUUUUCUAAUAAACUUUUAUAUGUGUCAA